AUGGAACAGAAAUCUCCCGGGAUGCAAGUUGGAGCGCGAAUUAAUCUCAUUUUCUAUAUGCCUUGAUUAGCAGUCGCUGACCGCCGGCCGGGCAUGAGGCUCCGGCAGACUCACCCCACACCCCAAAACUCACCCUUUCGAGAACCCUCGUUUUCACCCCUUCUCCUAACCCUACACUUUCUCUUGCCUAUACUCAGCGCUCAAAUGAUCGCGAAAAAUCCAAAAACAAUAAACGAAACCUCAUUACAUUUUGCUGAAGACCAUGCGGAAUACAAAAACGGACUCAAAGUGGACAAUUACGAGACUCUCCUCAAUAGAUUUAGGAGAAAAGAUAGAAGCGAUUAUAUAGAAUAUCACAAUACUACAGACGAUGUCUAUUAUUAUAUUGAAUCGAUUAACAAGACAGAUCAUACAAAUCGAACGCUAACUGUAAUCAAUAACGAUUAUAUUGAAUCUAUUAGCGAUUUAAAUAAAUCUGUAUCAAAAUUCGAUUUGAACCAUGAGAAGGCCUUCAAAGACGCAUCGUGGAAGAGCAAAGACGAAGCGAUGGAGAAACUGAAAAUCGACGACGCGACUCGAACGAAAAUCUUUUACGAUUACUCGUCGACUGUAAACAAAACUGGAUUACGGGGUGACUCUGCGUCAGUGAACAAAGAGGUUCAAGAUCGUGAAGCAAAACAAGACGCUGAUAAUUUAGUUGAUAUACAAUAUGUGGAAGGGACCGUGACAUCGUUAGACAACCGACAUCUUUCUAAUCUAACUUCCCAAUCAAGGGAUUUUGACGACACGAAUACAGUAAAUCGAAUAGUGUCGAUCCUUGGCCUCUUCGAGUUGUCUGUGGGUGAUUUUCCUCGUGCUGAAGGAAUAUCGGAGUUGGCUGCAGCUAAAUUGGCCGUUACACACGUCAACCAGAGAACGUUGCUGCCUGGAUACAAGCUGCAUCUUAUCACUAACGAUACUAAGUGUGACCCAGGCGUUGGGGUAGACCGAUUCUUUCACGCACUUUACACCGAAAGAGAGUCCAGAAUGGUGAUGCUUCUGGGCACAGCAUGCUCAGAAGUUACGGAGAGCAUUGCCAAGAUUGUGCCUUACUGGAACAUUGUACAGGUUUCAUUCGGAUCCACAUCGCCAGCGCUAAGUGAUAGGUCUGAAUUUCCUCUCUUCUGCAGAACCGUAGCCCCAGAUUCUUCGCAUAAUCCAGCGAGGAUUGCUUUUAUAAGACAAUUCGGCUGGGAUACAGUAACUGCAUUCUCUCAAAAUGAGGAGAUCUACUCACUGGCGGUGAACGAGCUGGUGACACAACUUGAAGCGGCCAACAUCACCUGCGCGGCCUCCAUCACCUUCGCUGAGUCGGAUUUUAAAGAACAAUUGCAACAAUUAAAAAAACUGGACACGAGAAUUAUAAUCGGCAGCUUUUCCGAGGAAAUGAUACCGAAGAUAUUUUGUGAGGCAUUUCGGCUUGGGAUGUUUGGUGCGGAGUACGCCUGGCUCGUAGCGGGAGCGCCGCCCCGAGUUAGGGGCGCAGCACCCUGCUCCCGAUCGCAGCUGGCCCGGGCUUUGGAGGGCAUGGUAUCCGUGACUGCGCAUAGAGGAAUCGUCGGUGACGUGGCGUCUUUUUCUGGCCUGACCAACGAAAUGUUCCACCACGAGAUGUCAGCGGCUGGUGUGCCAAUAUCACCCUUCGCCCCACACGCAUACGACGCAGUUUGGGCCAUAGCCCUCGCGCUCAGCAGAGCGGAACAGCUGUGGCGUAACUCCGACGAUAACAUCACGAAAACCCUCGGAUUGGGCCACUUCGACUAUGACAGGAAGGACAUGGCUGAGGAGUUCCUUAAUCAGCUGGGGAAUUUAAGUUUUCUUGGUGUGUCGGGCCCGGUUUCAUUUAACGGAGCUGAUAGGAUAGGAAUGUCAGCAUUUUAUCAAAUUCAAGGUGGCCGUCCAAAAACAGUGGCCCUAUAUACCCACGGAAAGGAAAUGAGUUGCCCCGAAUGCGCGAAGCCCAGUUGGGCGGGCGGGAUUCCUGCUGCUAGACGGGUGAUGGUACUGCGUGUUGACUCCGUCUGGGCGCCCGCGAGACUUGCCGUCACCGCGCUGUCAGCAGCCGGGGUCGCUUUAGCUCUGGGCUUUCUAGCUUUUAACUUACAUUAUAGCAAGCGAAGGUCUAUAAAGCUCUCAUCGCCUCGUUUGAACAACAUGACACUGAUUGGCUGCGUUCUGGUGUACACGGCCGUUGCUCUUCUCGGCGUGGAUAAUGCUGUUCUGCCAGCGUACAUACCGUUCUCCGCUAUGUGUACUAGUAGAGUGUACAUCUUGUCUGCGGGAUUCUCAUUAGCGUUCGGCUCCAUGUUUGCGAAAACUUACAGGGUCCAUAGAAUUUUUAUAAGUAACCGUAGCGGUAUGUGUAAGACAAAACUCCUACAAGACACGCCGUUGAUUUCUCUAGUCUGCGCUUUAUUGGUGAUAGAUGGUCUUCUGGUAACGCUGUGGGCUACUCUGGACCCCAUGGAGAGACAUUUGAAGAACCUCACUAUCGAAAUAAGCACCACAGACAGAAGCGUCGUUUAUCAACCGCAGAUAGAGAUCUGCAAAUCUCACAACACAUUCGGCUGGCUCUGCGUCCUCUACGCUUAUAAGGGUCUGCUUCUCUUAGUCGCCGUCUACAUGGCGUGGGAGACUCGCCACGUCAAGAUAACAGCUCUCAACGACUCCAAGUACAUCGGCAUCAGUGUAUACUCUGUGGUCAUCACCAGCGCGAGCGUAGUUGUGAUCGGGUCCAUCAUUUCUGAGAGAGCUACUCUAGCCUAUAUCACGAUUACAAGCCUCAUCCUCAUUGCAACUACAUCUACGCUGUGUCUAUUGUUCCUGCCGAAAAUCAUCGCUAUUAGACAGAAAGCAGAAGAAGACCCGGUCAUACAAAGCUUGGGGCUUCGUCUCGAGUGCAAAACCAGAAGAUUCGUCACAGACGAGACGCAAGAGUUACAUUUUCGUAUUGAGAUUCAGAAUAAGGUUUAUAAGAGAGAAGUUGCAGCUCUCGACAAAGAGAUCGGUAGGCUUGAGAAAUUACUGGCAGAACCAUUGGAUACACAUAAACGAAGCGAGUUGAACACCGUUGAGGAAGAAGGCCACAAAGACAAACGCACACCAAGUAUUAGUGGAGGUCUGCCGAUGCUGCUUCUCUCAGUCCUACCUCCUGUCAUCCCCCGUGCCAGCUGGCCAUCAGCAGAAGCCUGCCGCGGGCGAAACUCCGUUAGCUUCAGCUCGCAACCAAAACUCAACUACAGAAAAUCUCAACAAAUGGACCUAUAUAACCUAUGUUUCAAACGCGAAGAAAACCACGGUCUUCUAAAACGUUUGAAGAGCUUCUUCGGCAGUCGGCCCACGAGCAGGAAGGCGUCUACCAUGUCGAUAGCGGAUCCCACCGGCCAGAGUAUAGCUGCCGCUUUGAAAAUGCACGUAGGCAUGAUCGCUGGUCUAGUCCCAGGAAGAAAGCAUUCCAUCGUCCACUCAUGUAAUACAUUGAACGUGCCUAACCCAGAACUGAAACUACGAAGAGAAUCGUACGCGCACAGUGGUCCAAUCAUCCGGAUAACAGAUGAUGAACCAUCAUGUUCUUACACAGAAAGGAAUAAGUAUGUUGCGGAACCUGAGACGAGGGUAAACUUCGUAUUGCCAAGCAGCCAUAAGCCAACGCAAAGCUCAUACGAAAAAAUCAAGGGUUCUCCGCGAUUCCCGCAUAGAAUAUCACCGACCGCGUCCAGUCUUUCCACGUUAGAUACUCGACGAAAGACCAGCGCUGAUAGCGUGUUCAACGUAACGAAUAACCUCUUUGAUGAGAACAGACGACACAGCCAUCAAAAUGUUAUUAGGAAUCAAGAGAAGAGCUUGGAAAGCCGAUGGAGGUCGGAGGAAGAUGCGCGACCAGGCCCAUCUUCGAGACAUUAG